UUGUUUCUCUUCUCUGUAUCCUGCUCGGGAUCUCAGGACUCUGAACUCUCAAGCCUGUACAAUGGCCUUCCCAGGACGAUCACUACCCUGCACUAUCCCAGAAAAUGAAGAAAUCCCCGGGACAACCCUUAACAGUGUCCUGGAAGAUAAUGGGAAUGAAGACGAGAGAGCUGUGUCCAACCUGCAGCGCAGGCACAGUGAUGUAAAAGUCUACAAGGAAUUUUGUGAUUUUUAUGCGAAAUUCAAUAUGGCCAAUGCCUUGGCCAGCGCCACAUGUGAGCGCUGCAAGGGAGGCUUUGCACCUGCUGAGAAGAUCGUGAACAGUAAUGGUGAGCUCUACCAUGAACAGUGCUUCGUGUGUGCUCAGUGCUUCCAGCAGUUCCCAGAAGGACUCUUCUAUGAGUUUGAAGGAAGGAAGUACUGUGAACAUGAUUUCCAAAUGCUCUUUGCUCCUUGCUGCCACCAGUGUGGUGAAUUCAUCAUUGGCCGGGUUAUUAAAGCCAUGAACAACAGCUGGCAUCCUGAGUGCUUUCGAUGUGACCUCUGCCAGGAAGUGCUGGCAGACAUAGGGUUUGUCAAGAAUGCUGGCAGACACCUAUGUCGCCCAUGUCAUAAUCGUGAAAAGGCCAGAGGCCUUGGAAAAUACAUCUGCCAGAAAUGCCAUGCCAUCAUUGAUGAACAGCCUCUGAUUUUCAAGAAUGACCCUUACCACCCAGACCACUUCAAUUGUGCCAAUUGCGGGAAGGAGCUAACUGCUGAUGCCCGGGAGCUAAAAGGGGAGCUAUACUGUCUGCCAUGUCAUGAUAAGAUGGGGGUCCCUAUCUGUGGUGCCUGUCGGAGGCCCAUUGAAGGGCGAGUAGUGAAUGCCAUGGGCAAGCAAUGGCAUGUGGAGCAUUUUGUUUGUGCCAAAUGUGAAAAACCAUUUCUUGGGCAUCGCCAUUAUGAGAGGAAAGGCUUGGCCUAUUGUGAAACUCACUAUAAUCAGCUAUUUGGUGAUGUUUGUUUCCACUGCAACCGUGUCAUAGAAGGUGAUGUGGUCUCUGCCCUCAACAAGGCCUGGUGUGUGAGCUGUUUUGCCUGUUCCACCUGCAAUACCAAAUUAACACUCAAGAAUAAAUUUGUGGAGUUUGACAUGAAACCAGUCUGUAAGAAGUGCUAUGAGAAGUUUCCUUUGGAGCUGAAGAAAAGACUUAAAAAACUGGCUGAGACCUUAGGAAGGAAAUAACUCUGGUUUGGAUUUUGGUGGCAGUUUUUUGUUUUUUGUUUUUCUCUCUCUUCUAGCCAAUAUUACUUAACUUGAUCUACCCUUUUUUAAAGCUAUAUAGAGCCUUAAAGAAAAUGGUUUUCUUCAUUUCCAUUUUCUCAUUUAACAAAACAAAAGAAAUGUUUAUUUCUAUGUAAAACAGAUGAAAUCAGGACUUACUUUAGCCAUAGUAAUCUGUAGACAUUAAAAGCUAUAUAGCUAGCCAACCGCCCCCUCCAAAAAAAAGCAUGUUAAAGGAUAGUUUUAAUUGAGCCCUGCCCUCCAAAAAAUAAAUUUAACUCUUCAAAAUUAAAACAACCCUUCUCUGCGGACCAACAAAAGUACUUGCUGACAGAUCUGGUGGACUAAGUUGAAUCCUGGGUCCAUGUGGAAAGAGAACUCACUCAAGUUGUCCUCUAACCUCCACAGCACUGUUUACAUAUGUGCUGGUACAUAAAAUUAAUAAACAUAGUUAAACAAACACUGUUUUAAAGAGUCAUCUUUACAUGGUGCAGAAGACUCCACAUUUUGCUUUUCUUUAUGUCAUAAAAUAAUUUCCCACUAAUAUGCUGGGGAAGUGUAUAGGAAAGAUAAGUAAACUACCAAAAAGUUCCUUCGCAGUCUUAAUGUUUUUAGCCAAUUAGCAUUGUAAAAGAAAAAUGUAUAUUACUAAGAAACAAAAGCAUUUCAGAAAACCUGAUUUUUUUUUUUUUUGUUAGAUCAGUAUGCUUAGUUUUCUAUUUUGUUUUCCUUAUGAAAUUCUUCCUUCAUACAAUUAUUUAACAUACUGGUAGCUGUUAGUAUAUCUUCUACAUUUAUGAGCAAAACAAAGCAAAAAAAUAUACCAGUUAUCUGAAAAAUAAUGCAUACCUUGUGAUAUUGGAAAAAAUGAAGCAUUUUAAAAAUAUAUUACACUUUAUGCUUUUAAGCUUAAUUAAAACAUGAGAUAGAUUGUUAUACAGCUUAAGAGUAUAUCACUUUCAAAGGAGGGUGUAAGCCAGCGAUAGCAGCAGAGGCAGACAGAUUUCUGUGAGUCCUAGUCCAGCCAGGGCGGCAUAUUGAAACCUUGUUUCAGAAAAAAAUGGCUAUCUGUAUCCUGUUACCUUUCUGCUAAUAUCUAUGCUUCAUACAUAAUCUAACUUGCCUUGCCUUAAAUAACUGCAUCCUGUAAUCAGAAAUGCUAAAUGUUUCUUAAAUACCAAAUAAUAAUAAAUACUUGGACUGAGAUUUUAGGGUUUUUUUUUUUUCUUCACUUCUAAUGUCAUAACUGAGUUUUAUUUACUAGAAAAUAGUAAAAAGGCAUAAAUGAUACUCUUACAUUGAAAGAGGAUAGGGAGAAUGUUAACCUUAGGUGAAAAUCAGUGAGUUCUAUUUUAUAAAAAUUUUUAUCCUGAAAUGUUUGGACUAUUCUUUUUGUAUAAACUUCAUAUGCAAAAGUAGGAGCAUUUUUAAAAUGUUCCUGCUGUUAACAUGUUACCUUUUUUUUUUUUUUCUAAGUUGCCAGAAUAAAUGUUACAAACAUUUUUGGAUAUGGUGACUUAUAUUGUAAUCUCAGCCCUUGGGAGGCAGAAGCAGGAAGACUACCAUGAGUUGAAGGCGAAUCCAAGGUUACAAUGUGAAAUUCUAUCCCCAUAAACAAAAACACUUGUAUAUUGUGUUGUCAUAAAGAAUAUCUGAGGAGCCUAGGAAAAAGCCCAGUCAGUACAGUCUUUAGGACCUGAGUUAGAAACCAAGCAGAUCCCUGGAUUUAAUGGUUAGCCGACCCAGCCUAACUGGUGAGCCCCAGAUCCAAGAGGAAAACCCUGUCUCAAAAGAACCAAGGUGGGUGGCUCCUGAGGAAUGACAGACAAGAUUGACAUCCAGUCUUCACAUGCACAUAUAUGUAUGCACAUAUCCAGAAAUACAUGCACAUACACAAAAUAUGAUAUCUCAGGAUGCUAUUACUCUGCCAUUAAAAGUUUGUAAUCAUGAUUUUUUUAAAUACUUGGUUAUGGAGUACAUUUUUGUGUUCAGAUAACUAAUGUGUAACCAAUCAUUUUAUUUCUUAAUAUUCUUUUGGAAUUAAGAGAAUUAUAAGUGAUUAAAAAUAACACAUGCUUUGUAUGUUUGUUUAGCAGUUUAAAUUUGUCUUUGCUUUUAUUAUUAAGAACCAACAUUUCUUCAGUGUGCCUUUGUCAGCUAAGAAUGACAAGCAGUGAAUACCUUAAAAGUAUUUAUAAAGUAUUAUACAUGCAUUUAGGCAAAUAGAAUUUGUAGUCUAGGGUUUUGAUGCUAAGUUCUUAUGUACCUCACUAGAAAUAUGGAGAAAAGCAUGCAUUCACGUGCAUUGGGGAUGCAUGGCUGGGGCCUAAUUGCCUUUGCUUACAUGUCAUCGCUUAACCAGAAUCCCUACUACUGUCUUUGCUCAGUCAUCUUUAGACAGGAAUGUUUCAGAAAGUUUGAUUUGCUAAUUAUAUGAUAAUUCAUCUAGAGAUGAUAUGUCGUUGGAGCUUUUAUUGUGGAAAAAGAAGAUGGGGAUUUAAGUUGGGUAAAGACAAAGACUUCAUCUAGUUCCUGUUGUGGGGUUUUACUGGUUACUGACAUUUGUCAGUCAAGAUUUCUGUUUGAAUUUUUAAGAACAAUCUGAAAUAAUUCAUUGUGCUUAUGAAAUUUCUAAGUGUCCUUCUUAUCCUUAGUUAUCCUAAUGUAAUGGGGAAAAUGGAUACACAUAGAAUAUUUUGUGUGUCAUAUUAAAAGCCUUAUUAAUACUUUUCCUGAAAUAGGUCAUUCUGCCUCAUCCAUUUGCCAAAGUGCCGAAUCCAAGUUAAGGAAACUUUGACAUAGGCUGACAAUAUUCUUGUAUUUUAUUUUAGAUUGUAAGCAUAAUGGCAGGAAAUCAUAUCAGUAAUUGUGCUUUUUAUGUAGCAAUCAUUGCUGUAUACCUGUGGUGCUUAAUAAAUGUUUAUAACUAGUCAUAA